AAUGGUCGAUACAGGUAAAGCUCAUGCUUUUCUCACACUAUUCACAAAAUGAGUGGACAAGGCAGUCCAACUGCCACUGCGCCGGUUAAUCCGCUACUGGCCGCGGCUAAAGUGGGUGCCCUGAGUGGCGCCGCGGGAUUGAUUUAUGGAGGAGCAGCGGGCGUCAUUCGAUCACCCAACCCUUUGGUACACUCGCUCUCCUGCGGUAUCCACUGGUUCGCAUGCGGUUCAACCUAUUGGUGGAUGCGAAGCAAUAUUAUCACACUCCACUAUCAAGAUAGUGCGUCCCCGCAGGAGCGAGCAUAUGUCAGUGCUCUCUGUGGUGGUAUUUCCGGCGGAGUAGUGACCAGGGUCAUGGGGGGUCGAUUGGUACCCGGUCUGGUUAUUUUCUCCCUGCUCGGCUACGGCGGACAAAGUGCCUUCAAUUAUGUUGACAAGUGGCAAAUGGAAAGGGCCCAGAACCCUUCCAAGCCCUUUCUGCAGCGGAUGGCCGAGUCAAAAUACAUUCCACUCCGACAUCUGUCCGAUGAGGAGUAUCGGGGGAUGUUAAGUGAGAAGUUACUCAGCAUCGAGGCCGAAAUUGCUCUCCUUGACGAGAAGAUUGAGGAUUUAGAGAAGACUCGACCAAAACCUAUCUCUACCAGCAUCAACAGCAAUAAGUGAUUGCAUGCUCUCGCGGCUCUGGUACGACGUUGUCCUUCGAGCAGUUGGAUACAAUCAUCAUUGGUGGGAGUGCACUGACGGCGCACGGGCAAGGCGUCGCUAUUGUGCUGACAUUUUUUAACCCUUUCCAAGUCUCCCCUAUGUAUCCAGUUGACUAGUACGUUUCUAGUUACGUGUCAGAUUGGCCAUUGUACGCCUUACUGACCUCCCCCCUCCCCCCUCCCCCCGGGUUCCCCAUUGUGGUACAAGCACGUGCUGCUUGAACAAGGGCCAUCUUGUGUACAAUAUUACUUAUCCAUAAAUGUGCAUCAUACCAACAAGUCGAAAAAAA